AUGGAACGACCAAGGUUCAGAAGAUCAAGGCGAAUGAGAAAUACCGAAGACCAACCACGGCGAACUGCUGUCCCACCGCGAGGACGGCCUACUCCAACUCACCCCAAAGAGACAAACGUAAUACGAUUGCCUGAAGGAAGUGGCCUGGGGAGAUUUACCUUGGAUGUUGGAGGUCCUCUUGAUGCAGUGACGAGUGUCUGUUGGUCGAGAAAUGGAGAACAAAUGUUCUCAGGUUCUCGAGAUGGAACGAUCCGGGUUUGGUCGUCAGGGACCGGAGCCCAAGUCGCUCUGCUCCAGGGACACACCAACACGGUUCACGCCAUCGCAAUAUCUUUUGAUGGGCGCUUCAUUGCAAGCGCAUCCUCUGACUGUACUGUUCGCUUAUGGAGCGUGCGUACUUAUGAAGCAGUCAGCCCCCCAUUCGAGCAUGCCGACGAACUCUAUUGCGUCACAUUCUCCCCUGACCGUAAGCGUGUCGCAUGUGGUGGGAAAGACACCAAGGUGUAUCUGUGGGAUAUAGAGCCAUACACUAAGCCAGACGCUAGUAUCACGGAUAGCUGCGAACCAGCUCCGGAAUUGCCGUUGGCACCCUCAGAUGAAGAUGUCCUUAACGAGCUCUUGAUACAGGAGGUCGCUGGCUUCCUUCCCCCGUUGGCGCUUCAGAAUGGAGUUCCACCCGAUCUGAAUGUUCCCUCAGCGUUUACUGAGAGUUGGCCCAGUAACGAGAUCAACAAUGCUCUUGAAGAUGCACCAAAAGACUCAGACCAACCAGAGGAGUCUUCUGAAGUAUUUCCUAGCCCGAUACCUUCCUCAUCCUCAUCCAAGCGUCGUUUCUUGGACAGGCUACCACUCUUUCGUCGUUGA